UGCCUUCCCCAAUUCCGCCCCCACGUUCUCUAACCUCUACUACACUUCAAUAGCCGUUACACUGUCUCUUGUGCGCAGUUUUUCAAACCAAUACCCGAAUACCGAACAGGCGAACACCGAACCCCAAUGAACUCUUCCCACUACUAAGUACUAACCUUCUAAAACUUCAACUCUCUAACAUUGUUUUUUCAAACCUCCACAUGGGUUGCUGCAUCAGCAAAUCCCAGACCCAAAACCAAAACCCAUAUCACCAAAAACAAUAUCUUACACCCUCUCUCCCUAACUCAAACCUUAACCAACAAAUACCACAGCGGCAACCACCACCAGUGUUAGAGGAAGAGUCUGUGAAAGAGGUCCUAUCAGAAACACCCAUUGCCAAACGAAAUCAAGUUCCAAUUUUGAAGCCAGAAUCGGACACCCUUCUGCCUCCUCUUCAAAACCCUGAUGACAAAAUCGAAUCAAAGAACCCACAUCCCAUUCCCAACCCCAUUAUCAUCAACAAAAAAGAAGGUGAAGUCUCAGAGGUAGUGUCUCAGCUCUCAGAAGAACCAUGCAGCAUCAGCGGAAGCUUCUCCACCGCUACCACAGUUACGGAGAAGAGAGAAGAAGAAGUAACCAGCAAAAGAAGCAUCAGGGAGGGAACAACAACAAUGAAGUGGAACAGCAACAGAUCCCCGUCGAGGAAGCGCCCUCACGCCUGUGACGGCAAUGUCGCCUCCGGGAGAGAGCGGAGGCUCAAGUCUCCAGCAAGGAGGUCGGAGCCGUCGCCGGAGAAGAGGCUUCACGGUGGUUUAAGGCCGGUUCGCGGCAGGGAAUCGGGUUCGGCGGCGAACCGGAAGCUCAAUGUGGGAUCCGCCGGAGUCCGUCGAGACGCCGGCGAAGGAUCCGGCCGGCGGUCGAGGUCGCCAUCAUGUGCCAGGGCGAUUAGCACAGCGGGCAAGGCAGGCGCUAUUUACGGUGGUCGGAAAGAGGUGCCAGCGGCGAAGGGUGCGGUGGAAAAAGUAGAGGAGAAAGGUGGUGACAGUGGUGAGAACAAGAGUGAGGAGACUGAGGAGAAAAACGACGUUGUUUUGCAGGAAGAGUCCAUUGAGAACCCACUUGUUUCCAUGGAGUGCUUUAUUUUUCUGUAGAAGCACGUCUUUCGAAGCUUGUUCAUUUUUUGAAUUCUAGAAGAUCUCUCACAAGGCGUCACUUUCAUUUCCAGUCACAAUCAUAAUUAGUUUGACUUUAAUAUUAA